UUGGUUUGUUAAGAAGCUGCUAUGCCCAAAAGAAAGCAUUUGACCCGUUCAAGGGCGGGCGCAAAGCGCGCCGCGAUCGACCUUCCACUUCCACCGGAGCUCCUUCAGCAAAUCUUCCUGAACCUAGAGUUCAAGGAGCUUCUUCAAGCGCGGCGAACCUGUCGCCGCUGGCGUGACGCCAUCGCCAGCUGUCCCGAGCUGAGGGACAGAUUUCUGCUCCAAUUUCCUCACGAUCGCGCGAUCACCAAGAUCAACCGAAACUACAAGCCACUCGGGGACUUUCCGGCCGCGAAUGUGCAGUUCAAGCUGGCAGACUACUCCAAGAUCGGGAGUAUCAACGCGUGGUGGCCGCGGGUCGCGUCUACGGUGACCUGUCUCGCCAUGCGGGGGUGUGAGUUCGCGGUGGACGUGUUGCGACACGUGCCGAACCUGAAAUCGCUGGAGCUGGAUUCCGCGAGGAUCGGUGGGGUGGGGAGGGUUGAUUUUAAGUUGAAGAAUUUGAGGAAGCUGGCGUUGAAGGAAGCGAGGCCGGGGCCGUUGGGCGGGAUGAUCGUGCGGCUGGAGGUUCUGGAAUGCCGGAGUGAGGUUGAAAAUCUGGAGGAUCUUCGCUCGAUCGUCAGCUUGAUCAAGUCUGCGCAAUCGAGCCUUGUGGAGCUGAUCUUGGACGUUCCGGCAAGCUAUCUUCAGGAUAUUGCGCAGCUGACGGAACUGCGGUUGAAGAAGGUGAACCUGAAUGCUUUUGCUAGCAGAAUGACCUACGGAGCUACGUUGAUUCCGUUCGCUGAAGCUUAUACAUCGAUCGAGGAUCUGACCAUCGUUGAUUCACUCGAUGAAGAACCUCUCCACACCAUGCUUCGAUCGCAGUCUAACCUUAAGCGACUUGAGUUGAAGUUCGCCUCGCCAAUCAUCGACUACAACGAAGAUCAGGAACUCAACACGCUUCCGGCGAUCCCCACCGGUCUUUCCACCCUGGAACACCUCCGAAUCGAAUGCGUUGAUAACUCGGGUUGGCCGAAGCUUAACUUCCAGCGCGGCUGUCGAUUCCCGAAGCUCAAGCAGCUCCACCUCGAAGCGCUUGUCGUCAGGGGUGAAUCGCUGCGAAGGUCGCUGCGAUACUCACCCAACCUCACCCAGCUGACGCUGGAUUCCUGUGACUUUACCAGCUGGAACCAGCUGCUUCGCGUGAUCACGCAGCCGAAAGCGCUGCGAUCGCUGUCCUUCACCACCUACGAAGUGAUGAAGACGCUCGAGGAGGAGCCGAUCUCCGCCAAACCGUGCAAAAGCCUGCGGUAUCUCCAGAUUAAUGUUCCCGAGCUGGAUGAAGUUCCGAGGGCAAGAGUAUUUGCGCUGUUCCGACUGUUUCCGCAUCUGACCGAACUCCGCAUCGAAUCCGGCGUCGACGACGAGCUGGUCAAGGAAGUUUGCCGGAAGCUGACCCGGCUGGAGAGGCUGACGUUGCGCGUUGGGAGUACGACGCACAGGGCUGUGUUGUACAUUCGGCACUACUGUCGAAAUCUGAAGAACUUGACCCUGAUGGGGAUCUGGAAGUUGGAGGUUGAGGACAUGCACUAUUUCGUGCAAAAGUUGGAUAGGUUCAGUCACGGCAGGUUUGAGUUUGUUGGUGAGCUGAGGUAUCUCAUUUUGGACUGCGUUAAGCUGAACGAAUCGGACUCCGAUUCGGAUGUUGACCUGUUUUAGAACUUUUUGUAGUUUGUUCUUUCGAAAGUGAUCGAAAUCUUUCUGUAUGUUUAAGUCUUUUUUCAAUAAAACAACUUCUUAAC